UAGUUUGGAUUCGUUCAGUUUGUUUUGGUAAAACUUUUCCACCAUGAUGACACAGCUGGUAUUCGUUAUUCUGAACACACUAGUCGUCGUAAGUCGGUUUGACUCUGCAGUUGCCAAAGGACCACAUCAUCCAAGAGGAGAUUUCUCCCCCAGAAGCAAGAAGCAUCUGGAUGAGCAUCUCCAUGCCCAAGAUGAACACAUCCAACAGGACAUGAAGGAAUUUUCGUUCGGUGAGCAAGAGUUGGCAAACAUGUCCGACGAGGAAAAGAAUUUCUACUUUUUCAAGUUGCACGAUUCCGACAAUAACGACCAUUUAGAUGGGCUGGAAAUAAUGCACGCAGCGACGCACCAUUCGGACGGCCAUGUACGCAAACUGGAUCGGGAUGGAGAAGAUGAAUUGGAAGAUAAUUCCGUGAUUGAUGUGAUCGAUGAUUUCAUCGCCUACGCUGAUUUGGACCAGAACGGCCUACUAACUUACCCGGAAUACAUGAAAGCGAUCAACACUGAUGACUGGAACAAAAGAAUGGAUGUUACUGAAUCGCCUACCGCGUUGAUCUAGAUAACUUUGAAAUAAACAGGAACGGAU